UUCGGGAUACUAACGCCAUCCCGGGCCUCCGCAACUCGACCCACCUCAACUAGGUGCAAUGGAGGAUGCGAACAACGACGCACGAAUGGACGUUGACGACCCUCAGCCAUCCACCGCUUCCACCAGCCAGGCUCCAGUGGCACGCGCAUCUUCCCUGCCGCCCGUCCUGAACAUCUCAAACAUAGAGGUCGGAUAUGUAUAUUCCACCCUCAUGAUGACACAUACCAACACCCGCGGACACCAUGAAGAACAACCUGACCGCAUCUCGCGCAUCUUCAAUUUACUCAAAGACUCGAAUUGCCUCGCUAAGAUGCGAAGGCUACCAAUCAGGCCUGUUGUUCGCGAAGAAGCUUUGCUUGUCCACAGCGAAGCCCUCUGGGAGAAGAUCCUCGCAAUACAAUCCAUGACGGAGGAAGACAUAGCCGAUUCCGCCGCGUAUUACGACGAACUAUCUCUUUAUGUCCAUUUGACAACUCCGUACUGUGCCAAGCUCAGUGCAGGAGGCGUCAUUGAAGCCGCACUGGCCGUUGCCCGUGGCGAUGUCAGGAAAUCAUUUGCUAUUGUGCGACCACCAGGCCAUCAUGCAGAGCCGGAUGAACAUAUGGGAUUCUGCUUCCUGAAUAACGUAUCUAUUGCUGCAAAAGUAGUACAAUUAAGGACAUCUGUCAAGAGAAUUAUGAUUCUUGACUGGGACGUCCACCACGGCAACGGAACCCAACGGGCGUUCUAUGACGAUCCUUCCGUUCUGUACAUCUCGCUACACAGGUAUGAGGGUGGCUCCUUUUAUCCCAAUGGCCCCUUCGGCAGCAUGGUAUCUUGCGGUCAAGGCCCGGGGCUAGGCUACUCUGUCAACAUCCCUUGGCCUGAGAGAGGCAUGGGCGACGCAGACUAUCUUCUGGCAUUUCAGAAAAUUGUCAUGCCGAUCGCACUGGAGUUUGCUCCUGAGCUGGUCAUCAUCUCAGCCGGCUUCGACGCGGCGGAGGGAGACACACUUGGCGAAUGUCAUGUCUCGCCGACAGGCUACGCCCACAUGACGCACAUGCUGUCCUCCCUAGCCAACGGCAGGCUAGUUGUUGCUCUCGAGGGUGGCUACAAUCUCGACGCAAUAUCUGUCUCUGCAUUAGCGGUCGCCCGAGUAAUAUUGGGCGAGGCCCCUCCCCAGCUAGAGCCCAUGGUGGCUUCCGAGGUAGCGACCGAGACCAUAUGGCAUGUUGCCACGGAGCAGAGCAAGUACUGGAAGAACAUCGAUCCUAAAGCUUGCGAGCCUGUGGAAGAGGUCGAGCCCAUUACAUUCUCAAUACCCGAACUCCUCAAGGCUCACCGGCAAGACUACCUCUUCCGAACUCACAAAAUGCUCGAGAUUCCACUCAUGACUCAAGGCCUCAUCGACCGCUUUAGCAGCCAAGUAGCUUGCACGCCCGAUAUCAUGGAGAACCAGGCGCUAGUAAUCUUCGUCCACGAAUUCGGGAAUCUACGAGUGGAACUCGACUCGGCAAUGUAUUGUGACGUGAACCUGGAACACUCAUAUAUGGUCGAUUGCUCGAAACAGUUGAUUACAUGGGCGAGAUCCGCAGGUUAUGCACUGCUAGAUGUCAAUGUUUACGCGAAACCCUUCGUCAAGUCGAGGGUAAAGACGCCCAACAACCCUGGAGCAGACGUCUUGACAUAUUUGUGGGACAACUACGUCCAACUCACGGCGGCGCGUCGCGUAGUGUUGAUCGGACACGGUCCGGGCUGCGAAGCCCUAAUGGGACUCAUGCGCCAAAGAUCCGUCGGUGUCAUGCGGACAGUCCAAGGUGUUGUCCAGGUUGUCGGCAACCACAGUGUUCCUGUCACUCCCAGUGAUCUUGCCAACCUGCGGCAAUGGUACUUCAAGAACUCCCUCGUAUUUGUGCCAGAGAAUCAUGUGGUAUUCCGCGACAAGAAGCUCAUGCGCAAGCACGGUAACGUCAUGGCCAGCAAGGAGACGAAGCCGAUCAAGCUAAUGAUCCAAGCCUUGCCUGUCAUCGAGAACUUCGUGAUACAGCACCUUGGGCCGGCUCCCAAUGUCGUCAACGGCACUUCCUAGCGAAUUUGGUUAUUAAGAAGGGUCCUAUUUAUUCGUCGAUGCUAUCGUGCUGCUGCA